AUGACCAAGAGACUAUCGGAGAUCGACCUGGAAUUGGCACAACAGGUCGCUGAUCUGGCUGGUGCACCAGUCCCGCAGGAGGCCGGGCCAGAGAAUCAUGGCAAGAAAGCCAAGGGUCUAUCGCAGACUGAGGCUAUUGCGCCCGGUUCCAAAGGAGCAACCAUUGCUACUCGCCGCGUGGCUCUAACCAUCGCGGAUGGCCCGAUGCAUUCGCAUACAAUGGCAUGGUUGCAGCACUCGAGACAGGUGGAGCGUUUCCUUUCUCCAUUGUGCCCAAAACGAAUCCAAUCUUUGCUGCAGCCAAACAGCUUCAAGGAGGCUUUCCAGAUGGCUAAGGGCGUGGAGGACUUUGUGGACGCUUACACAUUCGCCCUUGCUCAGCACAAGAAUUUUGACCGUGAGAUGCAAGGCUUCCCUACAAUGGUCGCUUACUAG